CGGGCGGAAUGUAUCUCUCCGUGGCCAAUCACGCAACCGGGUCUAUCUUUCCAAACACCUGUCAAUCUUUUGGCUGGCCAAUCACAGAGUGAAUGCAAACAUGUCCCGCCCCUCCGCGCUCUACUUCCGGAGCCACCACUCGUAAAUUGAAAGAGUGUCUGCUUAUGUUGAACUCUGAAGAAACGUCCACAAAAUAAUAUGAAGGAACAUUAUUUGGAUGAAGAAGGCAGCACUCCUUCAAAGGAAACGCAGCGUUUUUCCUGUUGCACGCAAUGCGAGUGAAAUCAGAAUUAAGUGUUCCCACUGGCUGUUUUAACAAGUGAACCAUUGCCGCCGUUGAACAAAGUGACUUCGCCGACUGCCAAAGCAAAGAAGUGGAUCUGUCAUCUGGAAUAAAAACAAUGAGCCUGGUGCAGCUGCUGAAAGGCCACUUCCUGAGCCACCUGAUCCUCUGCUACGUGUUUCUGGUCAGCGGUCUCAUUGUGAACCUGCUCCAGCUAUGCACCCUACCUCUUUGGCUGCUCAGCAAACAGCUGGCUCGCAAGGUCAACUGCAGGCUGGCCUACUGCAUCUGCAGCCAGAUGGUCGCUGCAUUGGAGUGGUGGUCUGGCACUGAAUGCACGCUCUACACAGAUCCAAAGAGUUUCUCUCUCUACGGGAAGGAAAAUGCAAUUGUGGUUCUCAACCACAGUUUUGAGAUAGACUUCCUGUGCGGCUGGACUUUCUGCGAGAGAUUUGGUGUUCUUGGGAGUUCUAAAGUUCUUGCCAAAAAGGAGUUGGCUUACGUUCCGAUUAUUGGUUGGAUGUGGUAUUUCAUGGAGAUCGUUUUCUGCAAGAGGAAGUGGGAAGAUGACAGAAAGACGGUGGCGCAGAGCCUUCAGAACUUGAGGGAUUACCCCGAAAAAUACUGGUUUUUGCUUUACUGUGAAGGAACACGCUUCACACCAAAGAAACACCAAAUCAGCAUGCAGGUGGCUGAAAGCAAAGGUUUGCCCAAACUGAAGUACCAUCUUCUACCAAGAACCAAAGGCUUCUGGAUCACUGUUCAAAACCUCAGAGGAACUGUCGCGGCUGUGUACGACUCCACGCUUAACUUCAGAAACAAUGAAACUCCAACUGUGCUGGAAAUACUUAGCGGGAAGAAAUACCAUGCAGACUUAUAUGUGAGGAGAAUCCCGCUGGAACUGAUCCCAGAAGAUGAAUCGGAAUGUGCUGAUUGGCUACACAAACUCUACCAGGAAAAGGACAGUUUUCAAGAGCUCUACAUGCAGACAGGGUUGUACCCAGGUCCCACAGUGAGCCCUCCACGUCGUCCCUGGUCAUUGAUCAACUGGUUGUUCUGGUCCUGCCUGCUUCUGUACCCACUGGGUCUGCUCCUUGCCCAGCUCUUCGCCUCAGGAUCGGUUACGACUAUCUUGGCCUCAGUGGCUCUCUGCACCGCAGCUUCGGUGGGAGUUCGUUGGAUGAUCGGCCAGACUGAGAUCAACAGAGCUUCGCACUACGGUGAAAGCAAGGCGAUGCAUCAAAACAACAACUAAAGAAGCCACUCGCGCUUGGAAGAUGCAUCUUAGCGCAGAGACAGCAGUAGUUCCCGGCUUUGUGACUGCACUUCUGCUGCUGCCGUUGUCCGAAGGCACAAUGCAGACAGUGUGCGCUCAAGAAUAAAGUGGACCAUAUAUUUAGAAGAUAGCUUUAAAGAGCUCUGCUUAAAUAUUCAAUUUACAAAAAACACAUUCUAUGCAGCUGACCAUUUCUGUGUCUAUACUUUUAUUUUAUUGGUUCAUAACGGUGAUUGUGUCUCUUAAAUAUAAUUAAAAUAUGUACUUUUGACAAAGUCAUAUGUGUUACGCACCGCAACUUGGUAUUGCAUUCCACCAUUUUCUGUAACAAAGCUACUUUAAAAGGCUUUCUUUGUCAUCCAUUGGGUACUUAGAAAAGCGCUAUAUAAAUCCCAGUUAUUAUUAUUAUUCUUAUUCUUAUGUGCAAUACAAAGUAUACCAGCAAGCUUAACUAAUAAAGCGGGGAUGGUCUAAGAUAGCGUAUUUAUGUUAUUUUCUUAUUUUUCUCCUACUGCUCCUUGUGAUGUUUAUGCUGAUUACACUUUUCAAGACAAAUUCCAAAGAAAAAUUGAAAUUCAUUCCUAUUGGGUGAAGUUGGCACCUUGUAUAAAUCGUAAAUAAAAACAGAAUACAAUGA